GUUCUCUCUAAGACAACUAAAUCAACCCAGAAUGUUCCGACUGCUGUGCUGUCUCGCCAUCUUAUCCCUGGCCCUAGGCUUGAACUAUGGUGGAUACGGUUAUGGUGGCUAUUUAGGCAAUCCUUUCUAUGGUAACAAUUACUAUGGAAACAGCUUGUAUGGAAACGGUCUCUAUGGAAACAACUUGUAUAGAAACGGUCUCUAUGGAAAUAGCUUGUAUGGAAUGGGUCUCUAUGGAAACAACUUGUAUGGAAACGGUCUCUAUGGAAACAACUGGUAUGGAAGAGGUCUCUAUGGAAAAAACUUAUAUGGAAGAGGUCUCUAUGGAAACUACUACAAUAAAGGAUAUGGUUAUGGCAGGAGCUAUUAUUAAAGUUGUCGUCGGAGAAUUUGUCUUUUCAUCAAUAAAUAUUUUUUUUGAAAAAAAAAAAA